AUGGGCACGCACUCCCUCAAACACGGCAACAUCCUCCACGGGCUCGCAAACUCACAAGCUGAAACCUACCGACGGCUAAGCCCCACCGCAAGCAAACUUCAAACGCGCUUAAACCCAGCCCACACCAACGGAGAACCACAGCUUACCCUCCUCCGAGUAACCUGGCACAUCCAUACACGGCUAGCCCGAAGAGCCUGUUCACAGCGCACCGCGAGUGUCAGGACCACCCAAACUGACCCAACAAGCCGCAACAUGUCUGCCCCAUUCCCACAAUAUACCAGCAGAUCGAGGGCGCCUGAGCCUGGCAUUGAGACUCUCCUGGCUGGAAUGUGGAGCACCCCAGCGGGGCAUUGGCUGAACGUGAGACUGAGCACAGGAACCACCAUCUUACACAUGGCCCUUCAAUAG